AUAGUAUGGGAAAUGUCAAACAUUACUUUAGUCUUUCGUCAUUCAGUGCUUAAGUUUUAGUUUUAUUGUAUUGAAAUCUAAUAAAUGUUGACUUUUCAACAUUGCUGUAAUGUGAUUAUACGUUUAUAAACAGCACAACCGAACAUAAAUCAAAUCAAUUUGAUGAAUAAGUUAUUUUAAUGAAUAAAUUAUAAACAGUGCAAGCAGUGCUAUCUAGAGUUAGUGCGAAGUUUUUGUUUUAUAUUAGAAAAAAUGAAUUUAGAGAUUAAUAGGUUAAAUACUUUUUCUAACUGGCCUAUGGGAGCCCCGGUAGAUCCGAUACGAAUAGCGAAGGGAGGCUUUUUUUAUACUGGGCAAGGUACAGAGGUGGAGUGUUUUAGUUGUGGUGGAAAAAUUUCGCAAUGGAAUUACGGUGAUCAAGUGAUGAUGCGACAUCGGCGGAUGGACCCCAACUGUCCAUUCGUGGUGAACCCGCAGAUGGCGGGGAACGAGCCACUCGUUUUGGAUCGCGCGUUCACCGCCGAAUUAGCUGCAGUUCCUGCUUCUCCUCCAGUCCCUGAUGAGCUUGUGACAAGCUCGCAAGACGCUGGACCUACUGAAGAGGACGAACUGUAUAAAAGUGAUGCUCUUAGGCUGCUAUCUUUUAUCAAUUGGCAGGACGACUCGAUAUCCAGAGAAGCACUGGUCAGUGCAGGGUUCUACCACGCUGGGGAGGGGCGGUUGCGCUGCGCUUGGUGUGGGGGAGAGUUAGCCCCUUUCAGAAACCUUGGCUCUUUAGGAGCACCUGUAGAUAUACAUCGGAGGUACUUCCCGCGGUGCGAUUACGCCCUUCGGUUAGAUAAUGCGUAUCGCGCGUCCAACAUAUCGCCGCCAUUCUCGCCACCACACACCCCCCAGGUGGAGUCUCCACGGAACUCUGUGAUGUCCGAAGGCGCUCUCCACAACUCGCGUCUCCUAGCGCGAAACGGGCAGAACUGCACCCAACUGGGCGUAGUGGGCGUGUCGGGGCGGGGCGUGCAGCACCCCGCGCUGGCCAGCCUGGCCGCGCGCCGCGCCACGUUCGCGGAGUGGCCGCGCGGCCGCCCGCAGGCGCCCGACACGCUGGCCGAGGCCGGCUUCUUCUACACCGGCCAGGACGACCAAGUUUGCUGUUUCUACUGCGACGGCGGGCUAGGCAAGUGGGAGGCAAGCGACGAGCCGUGGGCGGAGCACGCCCGCUGGUUCCCGGGCUGCGGCUUCGUGCAGCUCGUCAAGGGCGCGGACUUCGUGGCCCAACACCGCGCCAGCCAGCUGCCACCGCGGUCGACGUCCGACGACAGAUCAGUUAAUACUAGGCAACGAAAUCCAUCAGUCAAUUUUCCAGUUAAUGAGAGUCAGGUGGAGGAACAGAUGGACUCGCAACAGGCGCUGGUCGCGCUGGGAGCGGGCUUGGACGCGGCGCGGGUGCGGCGCGCCAUCCGACGGCGGCUGCAGGCCACGGGUUUGCCGUUUACGUCAUCGGAGGCGCUGAUCGACGCCGUACUGGACGAGCAGCUAAACGAAGAAAGCUGGGGCGUGACCACCAACCAGCGGUUCGCUAGAGAUAUCCUUGCCGAAGCGCUGAGGGAGUUCGCUCCUGCUGCCGGAUUAAUACCAUCACCAGACUGCGACCAAACAUCUCAAUCAGAAAGUUCCUCGCGAUCUCGGACGCCCAACGAACCUCAACCCAGCCAAGAAGUUAUAGUAGCACAUGCUGAUACUAGCCAAACUGCCAGCAGAGACCCUGUCAGCCUAAACAGCAGCAGACUCAGCAAUGACAGAGUCAGUAGUGAUAGUACUGACAGAGUGGAAAGUAAGAAGGAAAACAGUCCAGUGAGGAAGAAAUUGUCUUUGGAGGAGGAGAAUAGGCAGCUAAAAGAAGCGAGGAUGUGCAAAGUGUGUAUGGAUAGUGAGGUGAGCGUGGUGUUCCUGCCGUGCGGGCACCUGGUGUCGUGCGCGCGCUGCGGCGCGGCGCUGGCGUCGUGCCCGCUGUGCCGCUCGCCCGUGCGCGCGCUCGUGCGCGCCUACCUCGCGUGACGCCCGAUGAAAGUCACUGCUUGCCUACAAAAACAAAAACACCCACGAAGCAUCACAAGUAUGAUAUCUAAAAGAUAUUGCUCAAGGCGAAUAUUUGCAGCGAUUUAGGCACGAUUUACGUAUUAUUUGAUAUAAUUAUUAUUUUAAUUUUAUUCUUAAAGAUCGGUUACCGUUACUCUGACUUUACCAAAAAUGUAUCUGUACAAUCUGUAGUUACCAAGAAAUCACGUUUCCAAUUUAAUAUUUGCCUAAAUUUCUGGUCUAUCAGAGAGUAAAUUGAUUGGUGUCGGGCUAAAACUCGAUUUGCCCUAAUAUGUCUGACAAUAAUUAGUAGAAAUUUAUUGAGGGCGCCACUGAGCGUACACAGGAAACAGGUAACAUAAUAUGCUGCAUUCGCAUGAUGGUUGCAAACAGCAAACAUUUAGGCAGUUUCACGCAGCGCAGGGCAGACCAGAUUUUGUAAAGUAUGGAACGUCCUUUAGCUACACACGUUGCGGCUCAAGGACGUUCUAUACUUGACAAAAUAUGCAGUAAAACAUGCCAAUAAAAACAUAUAUUUAGUGACACAUUUAAAAUCAAAUUUUGAUGUAGUUAAAUAAAUAUAAUAAAACUUUGCAGAAUUUUGGUAACUACAACAAUGGUACUAGCGACGUUACUUUAUUGCUACUACAUUGCAUCUAUAUCGCUGCAAAGAAUCGCUAGGAGUCAUCCAUUAUUUACACUUACGUUUAGGGGGAGGGAGGGUGUCAAGAAAAUGUGACAUGUUGUGACAUGGGAGAGGGGGAAGUCACAAAUUUUGUGACGUCUCUUAACUUCAUCAGUAACUGAAAAUUGUUUUGAUUUUGUUAAUUCGCUGUACAGUUAAGGAACUAGUUUUUCAACAAAUUCCAAUUGCCGAUUCCGCUAAAAACAUAAUUGCCAAAAAUGUGACGUCACACAAGGGGGGAGGGGUUGCUACAUGGGACAAGAGGGGGUUGCUACAUGGGACAAAAUUCAUUUGACGUAAUUUAUGGAUGACCAACUAUGAGCGAAGUUUAGCAUUAAAUAACAGUUCCAUAGUUGUAACUUGUAUUGUCUAUUUAGCUUGUUAUAUUUAUGUUACAACACGUAUUGGUCGUAA